CCCGCCUUUUCCGCCAGCCCCGCCCCUUCCUGCCCACGUGUGGGGCUGGAGCGCGUGUCUGCUGUCUGUGCUUGUUCUCCUGCCGGGUCCCCCAGGUGUGUUGUUUCGGUCUCGCUUCCGUCCUCUCUGCCAUGGGGGUCCCCAAGAGGAAGGUCCGGGGCGGCCAGGACGGCGCGGCUUCCUCCGCGGGCGCAGCCAAGCGGGCCCGCAAAGAAGAGCUCACGGGCGUGCGGUUCAAGGCUCACUUGAAGGACCCACAGGGCCCUGGGCCUGGCUUGGAAGCGUUUGUGUCUGCUGCCAAGAAGCUACCACAAGAAGAUGUAUAUGAUGUUGUGGAAGGUUACAUAAAGAUUUCUGUUGAGUGUGCCGAAAUUUUCCAGCUCCUGAGUGGAGACAAACGACCUGAAAGUGAAAUGAUAUUAAUAUUUCAAGUUUUCGAGGCCAUAUUGUUGCGGACAGCAAGUGAUCUGUCACAUUUUCAUGUUGUGGGAACCAACAUCGUGAAAAAGCUGAUGAACAACCACAUGAAGCUCAUCUGUGAGUCCCUGUAUGCCUCGGGUUACAGGUUGGCUCGUGCCUGCCUGAGCCUGAUGGCUGCCCUGGUGACCCAGGGUCCGGAAGCUGCCAGGGACGUCUGCAGCCGUUUUGAUUUGAAUAAAAAGACCUUGUACACCCUGGUGACCAAGAGGGAUUCAAAGGGAGUGCACGACAUCCGGCAGGCCUAUGUUCAGUUUGCUCUCUCCUUUCUAAUUGCGGGUGAUGACAGCACUAUAGUGCAAGUGUUGGAAGUGAAAGAAUUUAUUCCUUGCAUUUUUAGCUCAGGGAUAAAGGAAGAUAGGAUCUCUACCGUCAAUAUUUUGUUAUCCACACUGAGAACAAAGGUAGUUCACAAUAAAAAUAUCACAAAAACCCAGAAGGUGCGUUUCUUUACGGGGCAGUUGCUGACCCACAUAGCAUCGCUGUAUAGCUGGAAUGGGAUCACCGACGUGAGCCCGGAAGAUGUCAAGGUUUCUGCUGAAGAAGCAGGGAAAACCAUGGUGCGGGAGCUCGUUCAUAACUUCCUGACGGAUCUUUGCUGUUCGCUCAAGCACGGAAUCAAUUUUUAUGAUGCGUCUUUGGGUACCUUUGGCAGAGGCGGAAACCUGACACUCCUGCACUUCUUGCUGGGUUUGAAAACUGCAGCUGACGAUGAUCUGGUGGCUGACCUAGUGGUGAACAUCCUCAAAGUGUGCCCGGACUUACUGAAGAAAUACUUCCAGGAAGUGACGUUCUCCUUUAUCCCACGAGUGAAGUCUGCUUGGCUAAAUAAUAUCAAACUACUAAACAAGAUCUAUGAGGCUCAGCCGGAGAUUUCCCGGGCAUUUCAGACCAGAGAGUUCAUACCCUUGCCUCGGCUCCUGGCGAUGGUGAUGGUGACCACCGUGCCCGUGGUGUGCAAUAAGAGCAUGUUCACCCAAGCAUUAAACUUGGACAGCAUGUCCGUGAGGCACACGGCCUUAUCCCUUAUUUCUGUCAUUUUGAAGAGGGCAUUAAAAACGAUUGACCACUGCCUGAAUAAAGAGGCGUGGCAGGAGUCAGGCGUGUACACAGCAGUGAUGAUGGAAGAAUUCGUGCAGCUCUUCAGAGAAGCCCUGAGCAAGAUUUUGCCAGACCUGAACACUAUUGUGUGGGUCUGGCAGUCACUUAAAAAGCAAGAGACCAAACAGAGUGAUGAGAAAGGGAAGAAAAGGAGCGCUGGGCCCCCAGCUGCCUGCGAGGCUCGCCAGUGCGAUGAUGCGGAAACCAUUCUUUUGAAAGCUGUUCUGCUGCAGGUCAUAUGCCUCUACCAGAAGGUGGUCCCCCACGUGGUCAUGCAGUACAACUUCGACUUCAGCAAGCUCCUGAAAGGCAUCAUCUCUGAGCAGGGCCUUCAAGAGGAGGUGCCUCCCAUUCUGCAGCACCACAUGCUGAAGGUGGCCCUGGAGCUGCCAGCCAGCAAGUUUCUGUGGUUAAAGGCACAGGAAGGCCCAGAUGCGGAAAUUAUUGGAGGUGAACGAUCAGUAUUUUACUUACUAAUGAAAAUGUUUGUGACCAGUAGUCAUUUACAGCUGAAGUCCUCAACCAAGCUUCUAAUCAUGAAGAUUCUGCGGGACACAGGGGUGUUUGAGCACACCUGGAAGGAGCUGGAGCUCUGGCUGGAGCAUUUAGAGAACACCGUGGAAGAAAACAGAGAGACUGUGAUUCAGUUUCUGGAACGCAUUUUGUUGACCUUGGUGGCGAAUCCCUAUUCAUACACAGACAAAGCAUCUGACUUUGUCCAAGAAGCGAGCACGCUGCAGGCCACCAUGACGAAGCAAGAAGCCGACGACGUGAGCAUUCCCAUCUCCCACAUUGACGAUGUCCUCGACAUGGUGGAUGUCCUGGUGGAGGGCAGCGAAGGUUUGGAUGAGGAAAUCGGGUUCUCUCUAAAUGAAGACAUGAUCCUGCUCACCUUCCCAUUCAGUGCUGUGGUCCCCGCAGCCCUGGAAGCCAGAAAUAAGUUGCUUCUGGGGACAGGCACUGAAGCAGCAGAAAACGUUGUGACAUAUCUGACAGCGGUGCUGACCGACCUCCUCCACACCCAGCGGGACCCCCUGGCUCUGUGUCUGCUGCUCCAGGCGUAUGACAAGCUGGAGCCUCCAUGCCCGGUGCCUUGCUGCCACCAGCUCUCUCAGUUUAACAGAUACUACAGCCUUUGGAUCCCGGAGCAAGCCCGAGAGGCCUUGCUGCUGCAGCCACAGGGUAGCCCCCCACCCGCUGCCCUUCCCUCAGCCUCCUCCUUCACAGCCCUGCUGCAGACAGCCUAUGAGAGCCAGACGCUCCGGGACGAGCACAUCCAGGCGCAGCUGCAGGCCACCGUGCCAUGCCUCCCCAUGCAGCAGGUCCUGCGUGCGGCCAAGCAGGUGCUGCUCUACCUGCGGAGCACCGUGGAGAACUUCAGCCAGCUGGGCAGAAGCACGGGCCUGACCCUCUUGCAGCUCUUCCUGGAUCUCCUCAGGCGCCUGGUUGUCCACUGCGAGCAGCUGAAUGCCCAGAACCAGCAGAGAUGUGAAGCUGCCCGGGCGGAAGCUGACCUCUUCCUGGACAUGGAGUCUGUGGCCUCGCUGGAGUUGGCCAAUGACCAGACACUGGAGGAGGUGCUUAUGGCCGUCCUCAGGCAUCCCACCCUGGAGGGCUGGUUCCUGGCUCUGGAGCAGCAGGCCCUCCCGCCGCACACUCUCAGCCCUGUCCUCGUGAAGCUUCUGGCCACCCAUUUUAGUGCAGGGGUCCUUCAGCUGCUGGUGGCAAGUGCCCCGAUCCUCCGGAACAUUGGGCAGCUGGGACUCCUGGCCAGGUACUCGGAAGCUGUCACCCAGAGUGUGCUGAAGGAACUUCGGAACAGGAGGGCAGGCCUGGCCACAUCACCACGGAAGACCCCACUGCAGUUGGAGGCCCUGCAGGAGCUGCAUCCGUACAUGGGGGGUACCCAGCUCCGUGAGGUCACCCUGGCCCUGCUGAGCCUGCCUGAGGCCCACCUGGUGACUCAGCAACCCAUGAAAUCCUCCAAGAAAGAAAGACACCUGAAUGCUCUUGGGAAGACCCUGGUACAGCUGCUGACCUGCAGCCCCCAGGAUCAGCUGCAGAGUGGUGAGCUCCUGUGGUCCUCUGAGUACGUGAGAGGCCUGGGGGCUCUGCUGCCCACACUGGCGGUGGACGAGCUGGACACCGUGCUCCUCCACACUCUGCAAAGAGACCCUGUGCUGGCCCCCACAGUCAGGGCUGGUCUGCUUGACUACUGCCUGGCCCGGCGCACGCAGGCGGCCCUCAGCAUCGCCGCCCUGCUUCUCCAGCAGAGCUGCACCCACCUGCUGUGCUUUGAGCAGUGGUGCCUGCGGGCUGGCCCAGGGCUCGGCCUCCAGGGGGACCUCGAUGACUUCCUCCCCCUCAUCCAUGUGUACCUCGAGUGCAGGAUGCAGGGCCACUUCACACGCCCAGCAGGAGUGUCCUCUGCUGUCAUUCCUGUCUUGAGGAAGACCCUGUGGAGGCAGCUACAGAACAGGCUUCUCAGCACUGACAGUCCCCCAGCAUCUGGGCCGUACCAGGAGAUCCUGGCACAGCUGGUCCCGUUUGCUCGAGCCAGGGAUCUCAGCAUCCUCAUGGACUGCCUGCCCAGCUUGCUGCAUACCCCAAACAGUCACAAGAGGUGGAUCGUGGCUGACUCCAUUUCAUCAGCUCUGGAAGGGUCGGCAGAAGAGCUGUGUGCCUGGAGAAGGACCCUUUUGGAGUCCUGUGUGAAGUGGCUGAUCAUGUCUUUCAGUGGUGGCCAGCAAGAUGAUGACAGUACUCAAGAUCAGGAGAAGCAGAUGCUGCUUAGAUUAAAUGAGUUGUUGCAUGCACUUAAUGAAGUUGAUCCUGGUGAUUGGCAGAAAUUUGUGAAGACGGGACUCAAAUUUCGGUACCAGGACCACACAUUUUUAAAGACGCUCCUCGCCGCCAUACAGCUCCUGUACGGCCCAGAAAGCUCCGUGCGCACGAAGCUCAUCCAGCUCCCGGUGGUCCACAUGAUGCUCAUGCAGCACUCGCUGUUUCUGCCAACUCUACUGAAGUCUGAUGGAGAGGAGAGCCCGGACGGCAAAGUAAAAGAAGUGCUGGUGGACCUGAUGUUGACAGUGGUGGAAAUGUGCCCUUCUGUCUGUGAGAGCAGCCACUUUGCAGUGCUUCUUGGGGCCUAUGGUGCCACUCUUAGCGUCCUAGACCAGAAGAUUUUACUUCUGCUUCGAGCGUAUGAGCAGAACAAGCUCAGCCUCAUCAACUUCAGGGUGCUGCUGUGGGGCCCAGCAGCCGUGGAGCAUCAUAAGACGUGCCGGAGCCUGGGCAAGUCGCUGUGGCAGCAGCCAAGCGUCGGGGACAUCCUCUGCCUACUGGACCGGGACCGGAUGAUGCAGACCAUCCUGCACUUUCCCCAGAGCCGGAGGCUACUGCCCCCUGAGGAUGCACAGGACCCGAUUUUCAAAGACAAGAGCAGGGUGGAGCUUGAUGGCCUCUACGACCCCUGCUUUCUCCUCCAGCUCUUCAGUGAACUGACCAGGCCAGAGUUUGUGGUGGAUUGUCGAAAAUUUUUGGAUUCUAAUGCCCUGGGCCUAACUGUCACAGCCCUCAGCAGCUAUGACCCCCAGAUGCGAGCCAUAGCGUACCACGUCCUGGGAGCCUACUACUCGCACUUGGAGGGGGCACGGUUCCAAGAGCAGUCCCAACUACUUUACCUGUUGGAUGUAGUCCGGAACGGGAUUCGAACUCAGGACAUGAGACUCACUUUUACCUUGGCUCUCUUCAUUGCCAAAGCAGCCAUGCAAAUUUUGAAACCAGAGGAGCACAUGUACCUGAAAGUCAGCAACUUCCUGUUGUCGCACGAGUACCUGAACAUGGACAAAGUGCCUGGCUUCUACCAGUUCUUCUACAGCUCCGACUUUGAGCAAAAAACGGAGCAGGAGUGGGUGUUUGGCCUUCUGCGGCAGGGGAUCCGUGACAAGCACUGCUAUGAGCUGUGUGCCCGGCGUGGCAUCUUCCACAUCAUCCUGUCCUUCUUCUGCAGCCCGCUGUGUGACGAGGCGGCGCAGAACUGGAUUCUGGAAAUUCUACAGAACGCUGCCCAGGUUGCCAGGUCUGCCUAUGAAAUCAUACGAGACUACAGCCUUUUAACAUGGAUUUUACACAUCCUUGAAAGCAAGUUUCUGGCGACUCCGCUGCUGUCUAAUGUGAUCGCCUUGCUGCACACACUGUGGGUGACCAACCUGGGGGACAAGGCAGUGGAGUGGGAGAGCCAGCGCCCUUGCCAGCCCAGCUCCCGGGAGCCCCCCAAGCGGCUUGCCCUGCACCUGGUCAAUGAGUUCCUUUACGUUCUCAUCGUGCUCAUGAAGCACCUGAGGCCCACCUUGGCUCCUGCCCAGCUGACCAACUUCUUUGGGACACUUGACUCCGUGCUGAGGUACCGGGCCACCGUCAUACAGGCCUUCAAGGACAUGAACAGAUUCACUGUAAAUGAGACAGUGCUUUCCACCAAGGAUGUCCUUGUCCUCUUGCACAAGUGGAGCCUCAUCGAGAGAGACCUCAAGCUCCAAGAAGACCUGAGAGCAGCCAUUGAGAAGGGCCAAGCCCGGGAGCUCAUAAAAAUGCUCAAGGAUAAGAACAAGCCUGUCAUGGCAGCCCGAGCUAAAGGCCCACGGGGCCGAAAGAGGAGGCCUGGGGAGGCAGAGGAGCUGGCCGACCCUGAGCUGAUGGCGUCUACCUUGGAGACAUGCAAGGGCCUCCUGAGGUCCAUCUUGACCUACUGGGGACCAGUGAUCCCGGGUCCUGACCCCGCUCAGGAGCCCGUGGACUCAGCCAGCCCUGAGAGCGCUGUGCGCGGCCCCGAGUGUGGCCCCGAGUGCGCUGCCGCUUCCCUGGCAGUCAGUUGGGUGCUGCGGUCGGUGGCCGAGCACCCGCUCAGCAGAGCAGAGGCUGCAGGACUCGUUGGCUGGCUUCAGAGCCACAUUUUGCCGCACCCUGUGGUCGUGGCUGACCUCGUUAGGGACGGUGCCCUGAGGAGCAGCAUAUUCAGGCUGUAUAGCCAGCUCUGUGGGGCUGAGGGGCUGACAGGGCCUGUGCAGGAGGUGGCCUGCCUGUUCAACACGGUCAUGCUGCAGCUGGUGGCCGCCCAGGGCUGGGCAGGGAGCCCCUUCCAUCUGGCCAUGGAGGCCCUCUGCCUGUCUUCUCUGAGCGAGAAGGAUGAAGCCACACGAGCCUCCGCAGCAUUCCUGGUGUCCCUCUAUGUAAAGGAUGUCUGGCUAGGGCCCCAGCGGCCGGAUACUCUCUUAACCCACAUCCGGAUGGUGUGUGAGGCCACAGACGAUGCCCUGAGCAGUGAAGUGGAGGCCAUCGUCGUGCUGUGCAAGGACAUUGCCAGUGCAGCCUUGGAUGCUUGACCCCUGCCAGCCGGCGCCUUACGCCCUGAUGACCAGAGCCUCGAGCACGGCACCAGCUUCUAGAAGUUUUGUUGAGUCAAGGGUUUCCAGAGAAGGCACAGGAAGGACUUUAUUGAACUGGCCAGUAAAUUAUAAACUCGUUCCUGUGUGAGUUGCAGGGAGGGAAUGUGGGGACUUCCAGGCCAUGAGGCCCCUCCAGUGCCUUGUCAGGCCAGCCGUUCCUCUCUAGGGGCUUGGAGCUCAUCCACCGGAAAUAGUUCAAGUUGAGGCAGCACUUCUGAAUGCUGAAGAGAUUCAUGCAUGUUAAAGCUGAACUGUCUUAAGGUGUCAGAUAUUUUUUGAUGAAAAUGAAGAGAGAUGUUUACGGUUUAUUUUUCAGCCAGGCGCUGUGGCUUACACCUGUUAUCCCAGCACUUUGGGAGGCCAAGGCGGGUGGUCCACCUGAGAUUAGGAGUUCCAGACCAGCCUCGCCAACUUGGUGAAACCUUGUCUCUACUGAAAAUACAAAAAUUAGCCAGGCCUAGUGGUGCAUGCCUAUAAUCCCAGCUACUGGGGAGGCUGAGGUAGGAGAAUCGCUUGAACCUAGGAGGUAAGAGGCUGCAGUGAGCCGAGAUCGCACCACUGCACUCCAGCCUGGGUGACAGAGCAAGACUCCAUCUCAAAAAAAUAAAUAAAAUAAAACUUAUUUUUCUAUAAAAAGUCACAACAAAGUUUAGUUUGACUUUUUGAGUAAGUUAAUUUCUGCCAGUGGUUGUUAAUUAUUUUAUUAAAUAAAAGGAUGUCACACUGAAUCCGUAAAGUGUAAAAGUAAUUUGACCUCUGCUUUGAGAAGACAGCCUGUAAUUUUUAAAGCUAUACUUCAAAGUGGGGGUUUUGAAUUUUAUAACUGCUUUAAUAAAUGUCUAUUUUUGUAAGGUU